GAAACUUCAGGGGGAGUGCGUAUUUCCGGUGCGCGGGGACGUCAUCUCUGGGUGCCCGGAAACAUCAAGGGAAGGAGCUCGGAGGCUGCCCGGGGGACCCCCCACAUCUGGGAGGAUGGAAGGAGAUUAUUUCAUGGGCGGAGGGGGCAUUGUGGGAGACUGGGAGGAGAGAGGAGCGGAUGAAGAGUAUACAGAAGGGGAGGAUGAUGCCGAGGUGCAGCAGGAAUGUCUGGAGAAAUUGGGAAGUCGUGACUACAUCAUGGAACCCGCCAUCUUUAACUCCCUGAAGAGGUAUUUCCAGGCCGGCGGCAACCCAGAGCACGUCAUACAGCUGCUGUCAGAGAAUUACACCGCUGUGGCGCAGACAGUGAAUUUGUUAGCCGAAUGGCUGAUCCAGUCAGGCGUGGAGCCGGUGCAGGUGCAGGAAACGGUGGAGAACCAUCUGAAAAGUCUGCUCAUUAAACACUUUGAUCCACGUAAAGCAGAUUCCAUCUUCACAGAGGAAGGAGAGACUCCGGCUUGGUUGGAGCAGAUGAUCGCACACACAACAUGGCGAGACCUUUUCUACAAGCUGGCGGAGGCUCACCCGGACUGUCUGAUGCUGAACUUCACUGUAAAGCUCAUCUCAGAUGCCGGAUAUCAGGCAGAAAUCACCAGCGUCUCCACAGCUUGCCAACAGCUUGAGGUGUUCUCCAGGGUGCUUCGAACCUCGCUGGCCACCAUCUUGGAUGGAGGGGAGGAGAACCUUGAGAAGAACUUGCCAGAGUUUGCUAAAAUGGUUUGCCAUGGAGAGCACACCUAUUUGUUUGCCCAAGCAAUCAUGUCCAUAUUGGCCCAGGAGGAACAGGGGGGAUCCGCCAUGCGCAGAAUCGCUCAGGAGGUGCAAAGAUUUGCUCACGAAAAAGGUCAUGAUGCCAGCCAGAUCACCCUUGCUCUGGGUACAGCAGCUGCCUAUCCUCGAGCAUGCCAAGCACUCGGAGCUAUGUUAUCCAAAGGAGCAUUGAACCCUGCAGACAUCACUGUGCUGUAUAAGAUGUUCACAAGCAUGGAUGCCCCCCCUGUGGAGCUGAUCCGUGUUCCGGCUUUCCUGGACCUUUUCAUGCAGUCGCUCUUUAAACCAGGUGCCAAGAUAAACCAGGACCACAAACACAAGUACAUCCACAUACUGGCAUAUGCAGCCGGUGUGGUGGAGACCUGGAAGAAGAACAAAAGGGUGAAUAUAAACAAGGAUGAGCUGAAGUCCACCUCCAAAGCAAUAGAGACCGUCCACAAUCUGUGCUGCAAUGAGAACAAGGCGGCCUCGGAACUGGUGGCAGAGCUCAGCACACUGUAUCAGUGUAUCAGGUUCCCUGUUGUGGCGAUGGGCGUUUUAAAGUGGGUGGACUGGACCGUGUCGGAACCUCGCUACUUCCAGCUACAGACAGAUCACACCCCUGUGCACCUGGCCUUACUGGACGAGAUCAGCACAUGCCACCAGCUGUUGCAUGCGCAGGUCCUGCAGCUUCUUAUAAAACUCUUUGAGACUGAGCACUCACAGCUGGAUGUCAUGGAGCAGAUGGAGCUGAAGAAGACUUUGCUGGACAGGAUGGUCCACCUGCUGAGUCGAGGUUAUGUACUUCCAGUGGUCACUUACAUGCGCAGGUGUCUGGAGAAGAUGGACACGGACAUCUCACUUAUAAGAUAUUUUGUCACAGAGGUCCUAGAUGUCAUCGCUCCCCCUUACACCUCUGACUUUGUGCAGCUUUUCCUCCCAAUCCUAGAAAAUGAAAGCAUCGCCGGCACUAUCAAGGCAGAGGGAGAACACGAUCCUGUAACAGAAUUCAUAGUUCACUGCAAAUCCAAAUUUAUCAUGAUGAACUGAUCGGGCUGUGCUGGGCAGACUGAGCCCCGGACUCCAGGGAGAACAAUCUUUCUCUACUAUGAGAAAUGUGUGUAUAUAUAGAAUUUUGUUUUGGUUGUAUUUGAGUUGUGUUAUUUUUUUUUCAACAAAUAUACAUGCUUAUUUUAAAACCAAGUCUGGUGUUCAUUUUUUACCACAAAAGUAGAGCAGCUGGAGCUGUGAUUUUUCCCUCUUUGUACCACAAUUUUAGUGUCACCGGUGUACGAGUGAUGGGAAGACACGCCGUCGCUUGUUGCUGUGCACAGAAAUGUGAACAUCGCUUGUAGCAUGUGGCUUGUGUAGCAUCUUGUUUUUAACAUACCAACACACACACGUUCCUGCUGUCGGGAGCAAUCGCGCUGCCGGGCACAGGCUGCUCAGUGAAUUGGCGGGGGCGCGUGUCUCUGGGGUGGCGUACGCCCCUUGAAUCGGCGUACAGCUACGGCGAUUCGCACAGGGGAGACAUUCUGACGUCGUCAAUUGACGCCAGGCGGUCUGGAAGUGGUUAAAUACAGCGAUGGAGGAUUAGAAUCUGUCAGUUUUUACUGCUAUCUGGAUGCCAUUAUGCAGAAUUUCCCCUCACUUCCUGCCCUGGUGACCAGUUAUGUGGAAUGGCAGUAAAAAUCUUCAGAUGUUAACCCUUCAUCACUCAGGCAGCCAUUGCAAAGCUUUUCCCGCCUUGAGUCCAAUAUUUUAAAUACCUGGAGGAGAUAUAUUUAGACAUUUCUGUGUCACUUUUUUGAUCAACAGCACCCAAAAAUACGUUCUUCUAAUCAAAUCUUUAUUGUAAAAAAAAAUUCAUCAAGGACAGCAUUUCUCUUUAAGACUUAGUCAUCAGUUUUAACUCACCAUGUUGUACAAUAAAAAAAAUAAAAAUAAGCAAUUAAUAA